GCUUAACUUUUCAAGUAGAAUUGACGACUCAUAUAUAUAUAUCAUUUAUCCCACGAUAUUUUUUCUCAACCUAAUCAGGAUUCGUGAAACGGACUUUGGUGGCAGAAAUUAAAAAGGAACUCUUCGACGUUGAAAACGCCAGUACAAGGAUUAGAGUGCCCAGAGGCGAAGUAACGUACAAAUAUUGCACACAAAAGUGCGACGAUCAUAGCGUAGAAGAAUAUACCAUGAAUGAGAUAGCUUUAUAUUCAGCCUGUUGUUCGUUAUGGCUAUAUUUAUUAGCUGUUGUUAUUCGAAGAAAACUGCAAUGUGUUUGUGACGAUCGAAUGGAUGGAAAAACGGUGAUUAUUACAGGUGGAAGCGAUGGACUGGGUAAAGCAACGGCUUUUAAUCUGGCACGACGUGGAGCGAGAAUUAUUAUUACCUGCAGAGAUUGGCAGAAAGGUUUAGCAGUCAAACAAGAAAUUGAGAUGAAAACUGAUAAUUCGGAAAUAAUAUUAAAAAAGUUAGAUUUGUCUGAUUACACAUCUGUUCAAAAAUUUGUUGAUCAAAUCGUAAAAACAGAAGAAAAAGUCGACGUUUUAAUAAACAACGCAGGAAUCGGCAUCGGAUCCACGGUUAAUAAAAACGGACAUCCGAUCAUUUUUGCUACAAACCAUCUUGGACCAUUUUUAUUAACACUCUCACUGAUGGAUUUGUUGAGAAAGUCGUCAAAUCCAAGAAUCGUUUUUGUUUCUUCGGUCGGUCAUCGAUGGGGUCAUAUUGUAUUUGAUACGAUUGAAACAGAGGACGGAGGUUCGGUACCAGCACAAUUCCGUGCUUACACUCAAAGCAAAUUGGCUCAGAUAUUAUUUAUGAAAGAACUUCAUAAAAGGGAACAUAAAAAUGGAUUCAGCGUUUUUUCUGUUCAACCUGGUACAAUUUUCACGGGAAUUUUCCGAGGUUUUCCAUGGUUGCUUAAACUCAUUACGUACCCAUUGUUCUAUUUAAUUUUGAAAACAGCUGAUGAAGGUUGUCAAACACAAGUACAUUGUAGUGUCAGCUCAGGAUUGGAAAUUUACAGCGGAAAACACUUCACAGAAUGCAGGCCUGAGGAACCGAUUCUGCCGGCAGAUCAUCAACAAAUUGCUGAAGAUUUGUGGGAAUAUUCUGAAAAAGCAGUUGGUUACUUUAGCAAAAAGUCUUCAAAUAUUCAACCUUACUAUAAAGAAGCAUCUAUCAAUUAUUUUACAAGUUAUCUUGAUGAUUUUCGACAACGUUGAUAAACUAUUAGGCAGUAUUUUUUCUAUAAACAAAAGAGCAAUGCUCUAGUCUAAUAUAAGAACACGAAGUGGUAUCAAAUCUUUUACAGUACCGGUUUAUCUGACCACUAGAUCACUGAAAUGUCAUCACCGAACCCGGGCACGAUGCGCAAUUUUUUAAUUUCGAUGGCGUCAUCACACAAACCUUCGAAGUGAAAAACGAAUUCUAUAAAACCUACACAUAUUUUUAAAAUAUAUAAAGUAAUAGCCUUCCAGCGACAACAAGCAAGCUUUAGCCAGUGAAAAUUUGAAAGCAAUUGGCCCAGUAGUUGGAGAUAAAAGCGAUUUUGCACAAGAACAACAUAAUAACAAAACGAUCAAUAAGGCCAUUUCUGGCCAAUAAGCGAACGCAUGAAAGCAAGGGUGGCGAACGCAGUAAACCAGCAUUGAUCCUCGUCCAAUGAAGCCAAACUUUUCGAUUUGUUUAUCAUUGAUCAAUCAUUUGCCAAACCUUAAUCUCUUAUUUUCUAUACUCUGCCACAUUUAAUAUUACAAAUAUCCUUCUACUAAGUGAAAAUAUCAUAUGUUCAUGUCUGAUACGAAUGUUCUUGGUGCUGUUUACAUGCAAUCCGAUUAUGGCUUGUCAUGUUUACAUUUCGAUUACGCAGAUAAAGCCAGCCAAUUACUUACCCAUGAAAUCCAUUGUAAUCCGUCCAUAUCAACUACUCAGCAGAAAUUAUUCAGACAAUGCAAAAAUGCAAUCUCUUUUGCAAUGCAUGAUAAAUAGAACGAAAUUUGUAUUUACAACUAGUUCAAAUCUGCCUCUAUUAAGAGAUAUCUUGAAUUACACUGUAAAGCCUGAUAAUUUACAACUUUCUAACAGUAUAUUUUUUAUUACUGCUAAUUCGUAUAUCAUAUUUGUAUUUCAGCAGUGUAUAAAUGUGUGUUAUAUAGCGUAAUUUAAUUCCCUUUGAUCGUUAUUGUUUUUACAUACUAAUUAUUGGUUAAUUAUUCAUAUACAUAUAUGCAAAAUAAAUUCAAUUUGU